AUGUUUGAGGAGCCGGGGUCCGCCGCCCCAGCGCAACAUAAAUCCAUGGUCGUGGAAGAUACGAUCCAGCACCUCGGCGAACAUUUCACCGACGUGGUUGACUUGAACAAGGACUUCAAGUUCUCCGCUUCAAAGGAGGUGUCUAAUGUCGACGACGAGGCCAGUACCGCCAUCCCAGACUCUGGGCUUAAGAAGAACCUCUCCUCCAACGGGGGGUACGCAAACGGCAAGAGCGUGCGGCGCGAAUCGCCGUCCGACGUGAACUCGUUGCGGAGCAAGGACGCCGUCACUGCCGAAAACGGGGACAGCGUCCCCAAUGUCGUCAUGGCCACCCAGGACAAGCGGCUCAAGUCUGUACCUCACGUCGACGCCUCCACUCAUCCCGAGGCCGUUGGAGAUGGCGUCCGAGAAGGGGUACACAUACCCCACGAGCGCGAACUGCCUAUAGGCCCACGGGGCGACGCUGUCGAAUCUGAGACCACGGUGCGCCAGCAGGAAGGCGCGAGGGGACGGGGCGCUGGCCAGCACGAGGAGCGGCUCAGCACCAACCUCGUCGAGGGACAGUCGGGCGUGCCUGAGUACCGGCGCAGCCAGGUGUUUGCCGACGGUGAGCCCAAAGCGCUCAUGCAUACCGACAUCGCUCCGCGCGAGCUCGACGAGAUCGGACGCAAGACGACCGGCAUUCCCGGCGUGCACCGUCAGCAACCACCUGGCCCACAAAACGACAUUGAGCUAGCGCCCCGUGUCAUGCAUCUCCAGUUCCACAAUGUCGAGAACGACCUGGGACAAAAGUCACGGCAGGGGCUGACCAUCUCGCCUGACGGGGAGCACGAGUUUGUCGAGACACCACCCAGCUUCGUGACGACACCUGAUGGGCAAUGGCGUACUCCUAUCAACCAGCUCGAGUUUGACCAAGAGUUUGCCGCUCAGGGCAUUGGCCGUCUUCCCCCUGACACCGCGGAUCGCUCGGACAGGAGGGGGAACGACCAGGGGUGGGAGGACGUUGAUGAGCAGCAGUCUCGCGACGGCGGGCAGUGGCGCACGGCCGCUGGCGCAAAGGUCGGUGAAUCAAGCACUGCCCACCCCCUGAAGAAGCCAAGAAUGAGAAAGCGGUUCACGGGAUCGACCAGCGCAUCCCCGAUUGCUGACAUUCCCGCGGAAGCAUCGUCGUCAACACAAGCGGAACGACGACAUGGCGGGCGCAAGCUCAUGCACCAAUUCCGCCGCGUUAAGCACCACACAAAGCCUGCCAAGGUCGAUGUUGGGGCACCGUCAAUGACCAACGAGAUGCUCGCAGGGCAGCUGCCCGUGAUGAUCCUCAAGACGUGGAUGGAUCGUGACGAUGAGGGCCACCGCGCCGUCCCAGUCCUCCUUGGCAACCUCCGCUUUCGUAUCGGCAACUCGGUCAUCGCCCGCACCAGCGGGCGAAAUAACAACAAGGAGCUGUACAAGAUUGAGUGCGAGUACGGCGAAGGCGCCAUCAAGUGGGUCGUCUACCACGACGUGUGGGACUUUCUUUCCCUCCACACACACUACAAGACCGCCAACCUUGGGCACCGUGUCACUGGUAGCAACGUGCGACAUGUCGACAUCCCCGACUUUCCGCGCAAUGCGCUGCCUUACUGGGCACGUGAUACGCAGACGGCGCUGAAGAAGCUCGCCGAGGAGCCGCACAAUGCGGAGAAGUCGGUAGCGCACCACGACCCCGAAAAGCAGCCGCAGCCUCCAGGCCGCCAAGACUCGACGCCCAUCAUCCCCGAAAUGCUGCAGCAGUACCUCAUCGACCUCAUCCGCGCCGUCAUGUUCCGGCCCGAGUCGACGCGCCUGUGUAUAUUCUUCGAGCUGUCAGCGCUGACCGUCGCGCUUGGGCCCCGCGGCGGCUUCCAAGGCAAAGCCGGCUUCCUCAAGUUGCCCGCAACCCAGGUCAGCCGCAAGAGCAACCAGCCCGGCUUGCUGCCCGGCAAGUGGAAAAUCUCCCGCUCGCCCAAGUGGUUCAUUGUGCGCGAGUCGUACUGCAUCGCGACCAACGGCCCAGCCGAGACAGACAUUUACGAUGUCUUCCUAAUCGACACGGACUUUGCCAUUGAGCGGCCAAAGCGUGCCUACCGCAAAGGCCUGCACAUGCUGUCCCACAAGGCCAAGAGUGAAACUCCCGAUGAGGACCCAGAAGCCCAUGUGGACGACGAGAGAGGCGCCAACAAGGACGCAUCACAACACACGUUCUACAUUUCCAACGCCCAGCGCCGGCUGCGGCUGCAGGCGAAGAAUGCUCGAGCGAUGCACCAGUUCAUCGUGUCGAUGGAGCGUGUGGCUAUGCAAUGCAUAUGGGCUGGCCGCAACCGUUUUGACUCGUUUGCCCCGAUCCGGGUCAACGUCGCCGCGCAGUGGAUGGUCGACGGCCGCGACUACUUCUGGAACCUCAGCCGCGCGAUCAACAUGGCCAAGACGCGAAUCUACAUCCACGACUGGUGGAUUUCGCCAGAGUUCUACCUCCGCCGGCCCGGCGACGAGCGGUACCGCCUCGACAACCUGCUCAAGCGCAAGGCCGAGGAGGGUGUGCGCAUCUUCAUCAUCAUCUACAACGAAGUAUUGACUAAGGCGACGCCAGUGGCGAGCCAGUAUGUCAAGCAGACACUCACCGGCUUGCAUCCAAACAUUAUGAUGCAGCGCUCGCCGUCGCACCUGCCCAACGGCACUUUCUACUGGUCGCACCACGAGAAGCUAUGCGUAAUCGACGAAACGAUUGCGUUUAUGGGCGGCCUCGACCUGUGUUUCGGUCGCUGGGACACGAGCCAACACAUCCUCACGGACGAGGACGUUAGUGCCGAAUCAGGCCCCAAUGGCCCCGUCUGGCGCGGCAAGGAUUAUGCCAACGAGCGCGUCGCCGAGUUCAGCGACCUAGAGAAACCGUUUGAGGACUCGAUCGACCGGCACAAGACGCCGCGCAUGCCGUGGCACGACGUGGGGCUGUCGCUUGUAGGACAGCCUGCGCGCGACCUCUGCCGCCACUUCAUCCAGCGCUGGAACUACCUCUUGCGUAUCAAGAACCACACGCGCAAGAUGCCGUUCCUCCUCCCACCUGCCGACUUUACCGAGCGCGAGCUCCAGGAUCUCGGCCUGCAGGGCACGUGCGAGGUGCAGAUCUGCCGCUCCGUCGGGCCUUGGUCGAUGGGCACCAUGACCAAGAUUGAGCAUUCGGUGCAGAACGCCUAUGUCAAGUCGAUUCAGCUGUCCGAGCACUUUGUCUACAUCGAGAACCAGUUCUUCAUCACGUCGACGAUUGUGGACAGCACGCCGAUCGAGAACCGUAUCGGUGACGCGCUCGUCAAGCGCAUCAUCCGUGCGCACCGCGAGGGUGAGAAGUGGCGGGCCUGUGUCGUUAUACCCCUCCUGCCCGGUUACACGCACCCAGUCGACGCGAGCGAGGCAAGCUCUGUCCGCCUCAUCUUAGAAUGCCAGAACCGCACGAUCUGUCGUGGCACGCAGUCGAUCUUCUCGCGCCUGAGAAAGGAGGGCAUUAAUCCCGACGACUACAUCAGCUUCUUCUCCCUGCGCGGCUGGGGUAAGUUUGAUUCCGGCGCUCUUACGACCGAGCAGGUGUACAUCCACGGCAAGACGAUGAUUGUCGACGACCGCCUUGUGCUGUGCGGCUCGGCCAACAUCAACGAGCGGUCGCAGCGCGGCGACCGCGACUCGGAGCUGAUUUCGGUCGUGCGCGACACGGACAUGAUCGACGGCACGAUGGGAGGCAAGCCGUUCAAGGUCGGGAGGUAUGCGCACACGCUACGCAUGCGGCUCAUGCGUGAACACGUCGGUGUCGACGUCGACGCGAUUGAGGACGACGAGCUCAUGAUCCGCAAGCCGGUUGCUGAGGCCGAAGACGUCGCAUUAUGGGACCCAGAUAAUGAGCAGGACGAGGCAAAGGGCCGGGGCAUCUCGCGGAUCAAGAAGAGCACAGCGGGGAGUAGACUCAAGGCAACUGUCUCGACGGCCGUCCGGGGUAUCACCAAGGGCGUGGGCGAGAAUAUUCGCAACGAUAUGCAGAAGAAGGCGGAGAAGAUGAAGCAACCUCUCGCUACUACCAAGGAUGACUCCCUGAAGAACACCAACAACGGGCCCGGUGGCGGCCCCACCGGCGACACGAGUGAACGCCAGGACGUGGGCCUUGAUGGCAAGGUCAUCGAAGGCUUCGCAUCUUCGGUCGUGCCGACGCUUGAAGAGCGUGCGAUCGCAGCUCGCAAGCCGACUGGGUUGACUGGGGACACCAGGCCGCUACUGGACAUGGCGGACGAUGGCGAGGGUCCCGACGAGGCCCGAGUGCGUGCCUCUGACGAGAGGGCGGUGAAUGAGCAGCCGCGCAUCGAGAUGUACGGCGAGCCCGCAGGCGCUGUUGAAGGAGACGACCGUGUGCCCCGCGACGGGCCGGUCAUGCCGGAGGAAUAUGACGCCGUCAAGGCGCGCGGUGUGCUACGCAAGCAACUGAACGCCAAGCCGGACAGUGGCCGAUGGAGCAUGCCAACGCCGACGCCCAAGAUUGACCCGAACCGCUUCCACGACCCGCUGGACGACACGUUCUGGAACGACAUGUGGGUAGACGUGGCGGUGCAUAACACUCAGAUCUUCCGCAAGGUGUUCCGCUGCAUUCCCGACGAUGUGGUGACGACGUGGGCGCAGUACAAGGCGUUUGCGAAUCACAUGGACAAGUUUGGACGUACCGAGGUCGCGCCACCAGACGCCAGUGGGCACGGCACAAAGGUCACGCACGACCAGGGCGGCGAAGGGGGUGGCACGGUGGGUCCGGCCGGGCACGGUGCGCCGGAGAGUGGUGUCGCGCGCGACGGGAGCAUGCAGGGACGGUGGGGCGCGACGUCGCCGCCGAGCAACCUCGCCGAGGCGGGCAACGCAGUGCUCUCAGCCACGGAGAAUGUUAUGGACCGCAAACCGAGCGGGGACAGCGCACCGUGGGAGGCGUGGGAGAUGGAGGAGAUGGAGACGCUGUUGAACGAGAUUCGGGGUCAUUUGGUCGUGUAUCCCACUCGAUUCCUAGAGGCCGAGGACAUGGCCAACAACUUCCUCUUCAACCAGGAGCGGAUCCUGCCGCUUCUUAUUUACAACUAG